CGUGGAUAAACUAUAACUGUAUCAAACUAUACAAGCAAACAAUAAUAUUUAUCAAAAUAACAUUUCUUAUACAGUAUUUACUUUUAAGUUUAGUUUACAACCAUAGACUGUACUCCCAACGCGUUGCCCAGGAAUCUUAUUUUGAUAAUGACCGGAAGUUGUCGUUGAUUCUCGGCAGCUAAACACAACAACAAACACGCCCCGUGCACGCGUUUCACAGGAUUUAACCCUGUCGUUGCCGUAUUCACCUACAGAGGUUACUUACAUGAUUUAUUUAUCGUAUCACUAUAUAUUGUACAAUACAAUAAAACACGUGUACGUUUUUUUUUAUAUAUAUAUACAUAAUAAUGUAUAUUCUCUACAGAUGUCAGUACUAUAUUUCCGAUGACGUGUCGACGUGUUGUUCGGACUCUUGGUCACUGGAUGGUGAUGAUGAACACGUUUUACCGUCCGUAUAUAAAAGAGGAAGAAACUACACUUGGCUCAUUUUCACAUUGCAUACACUUCCACGUAGGAAGGUAAGAUAAAAACAACCUUUGUGCCCAGAUUUAACAUAUUAUAAUAGUAACACGUGCUACUUUAGCAACGUUACAGUGAAACACAGGUGGCGGUAUCGUGUUACAUGAUAACUUGUGAUUUGUACUUAAAUUCCGUGUCUGUGCUCAGCUGCUGGAUGAACUGAAAGUAGGUCGUCUCAGUCGGAACAGUUUGUAACAUUAACGCAAAGUCACAUCUGAGUGAUGAUCCAUGAGAAACUGUACACUCGCCUGAAAACGGAAACAAAAUAUUUUAGUUAUUUCAAUUAAACAGUUCUAGUUCGCAUUAUACCAACUUUUAGAAAGCUGUAUAAUCAAUAACAUGUUUUUUAAUAGUAAUAUAAACUGUAAAGCACACACUGCUGCACUUCUGGCCACAGCCCACCUGGUGAUGUCACUGCAGGUGUUUUUACUGUUUUGCCUGUUUUUAAAAAAAACUUUAAAUCGGUUAACAAUACAAAAAUGACAAAUAAACACCAAUACAUACAAUAAAGAAAACAUAGUUGCAUCUAUUCAAAAGCAAAUGACAGAUAAACAUAAAAUAAAAUAAAAUAAAGUAACAUUAAGCAUGCAGUCAACAUAAAUAAAUAGAAAUUAAUUGGGUGCACAGUGUCGCAGUUUUAACAAUAUUUUUUUUUCUUUUUGCUGAAGUUAUUGUCGUAAUAUAUAGCUCAUUACAACAUUAAAGGUGUAAGUUGUAGCACCAUUAUGAAUGACAAACUAAGACUGGCUCAUCGUAUUGUCUUUCUUUGAUUAAACUGUGCAGAAAAACACUAACUGGUUUGUUGCUGGCUGGCUUGUUAUAAAUGAAUCAACACAAAGACUUCUGCAGCUUUAAUCUCUGAAUGUGUGUUCUUGGUGUGUCUGUGUAUGAGGAGUGGAGGCAGAGGCCUGAAAAAGGUCUACUUCCUGACCUCGUUACAGUUAUUUACCGCAUUUAAUUGGGUUCUGUUUCAGCUCUUUACAUGUUGACAGUUUUUUGUUUCUUCCCUGUGUGAUAUAUUAACAGUUGAAAACAGGUACAGAGCUGCAGCCGUGUGAGUGAAGAGACAAGCGAAAGACUUCAAUGACAAUCCACAGUGAGAGAUGACGGACUCUGAAGUGUCGGUGCUGCUGCACUGUGCAGCCUGGAGGGGCCUGCUGCAGCCUCAAGUACAAGUGGAGCUCUCUGAAAGAUUCAACAGGCAGACAGAUCCGUCCCUGGAGCAUCAAAUAGAGGAGGUGUGGACAGAGCGAGUGUCCAAGGAGCCGUGGCUUUUCAACGGGUCCAAAUUCAGACUGCAUUCUUUCUGCUUGACCUCGUCUUCCUCUGUUUCUCCUAAACACCCACCCUGCACUCACCACAUGCCCCUCUUAGACUGUGCAGAGCAACAGGAAGGGGAAUUAAAACACAGCAGACAAAAGAUGGAGAAUUUGUGCAUCAAUGAUUCUCUGCAUGACUCUGUCCAGAGCAGUUUGGACAAAAGAAACACACCUGUCAAUCAUAUAGAGAAUAAAGAUAGAGCAUUGUCACAAGCGUCCUCCAUAUACAGUGAAUCUAAGAGCGCCACAGCUGAACGUCCUUCCAAAAACACAGACGAUCAGGAGGCGGCGCCGCUCCUCACUCUGAGACUUGGCCUUACCUGCUACAAAGAUUACCUGGGAACAAACUGGUCGUGUCGAGUGGCAGAGCUUCGUCAGCGCGGGGAGGAGCAGUUCGGGGAUCCUCUGGUGCUGCUGGCUCAGCCUCUGGGUGUGGGUGGCAUCCUGUGUACAGACGACGGUCAGGUGGUGUUGAUCAGGAGGAGCCAGAGGGUGGCAGAGGCAGGGGGGCUCCUGGACAUCCCCGGAGGUCACCCAGAGCCAAAGGUGGUGUGUGAGCAUCUGGGCCGGCUUGUGUGUGAGGAGCAGAUCAGUGUGGACAUGAUGCAGCAGAGGCCCGUCGUCUCCGAGCUGUUCUCGUCUGUGUGCGCCGAGAUCAGAGACGAGGUGAACAUUCCUCUGAGCUCCCUCGGAGAGCCGGUCCUGAUGGGUGUCGCUCUGAAUCACACCAGCGCUGGCAGACCCAGUGCUGAGUUUUACAUCAGCUGCUCGUUGACAUCUGAUGAAGUCAGAACAUUGUACUGGAAAGGAGGAGCAGAGGCCAGCGAGUCCACAGAAAUUAUCUUUCUCAGCAGAACGGAGGUGUUGCAGCUAGACAGAAGCAGCCCUCUGUGGUCGGAGCUGUGUCCUUCAGCUAAAGGAGCCGUGCUGCUUUAUCAGACAGUGAAGCCAGACAGCGAGCGAGGCCGGAGCAGACGACACGACGCUCAGCCGAUAGCAGAGAAUACAUCCACAUGAUCAAAUGUGCACAAACACAAAGGGUUGAGGGAUUUAUUACUCUGAAGACUCUCUGACCAACACUGGUGAUCACAAAACACGGUGUAUUUUCCAUCAUUUGUAAAUUGCACAGUAAAAACAUGAUUGAAUUUUUUUAAACAUUUUCAAUAAAAAAAUCCUGAAAAGUGAUCUGGUUGUUGCCGGUAAAAUGAUUAAAUACUACAACACUGAUUAUCUUUGAUUGGUCAAAGCAGCGAGUGCAACAUAUACCGUAGUUCUUUAUAGUAUGUCUUGCUGAUGUAGUUAGUGGCAUCAGUAGAACGAUUGUCCCUGUAAACACAGAUGUG